AUGGCAACUUUAAAUGAAAAAAAGACCUGCAGCCAGCGGAUGGAAGAUUUCCGUCGUUUUGUCUGGAAUCCAGAAACAAAACUCUUCAUGGGAAGGAGCUUAAUUAACUGGGUGUGGAUCAGUUUGUACUACCUGGCUUUCUAUGUGGUGAUGUCAGGCCUGUUUGCACUCUCCAUUUAUUGUUUAAUGAGGACAAUUAAUCCAUACGAACCGGAUUACCAAGACCAGCUGAAAUCCCCAGGUGUAACCUUACGACCCGAUGUUUAUGGGGAUAGAGGACUACAAAUCUAUUACAACAUAUCCGACAACAAAACCUGGGAAGGUUUAGUGACAACUCUUCAAGCUUUUCUGACAGCAUACACGCCAGCCGCUCAGCAUCUGAACAUCAACUGCACCAGUGACACAUACUUCAUCCAGGACACAUUUGAUGGCCCAAAUAAAACAAAACUAUCCUGCAAAUUUACCUCUGAUAUGCUUCAAAACUGCUCCGGCAUCACAGAUCCAACUUUCGGAUUUCCAGAAGGAAAACCUUGUUUUAUUAUAAAGAUGAACAGGAUUAUCAAGUUUCUCCCUGGCAAUGGCACUGCACCAAGGGUGGAUUGCACAUAUGUGGAUAAGGAGACUCACCCACUGGAGGUGGAUUACUACCCCCUGAAUGGCACUUUCAACCUGCACUACUUCCCCUACUAUGGAAAAAAGUCACAGCCCAGCUACAGCAAUCCUUUGGUAGCUGUGAAAUUUCUCAACAUUACCAGGAAUGUAGAGCAUCAAAUAGUGUGCAAAAUCAUUGGAGCUGGAAUCACCUACAACGUUCAUGAUCCGUAUGAAGGAAAAGUGGAAUUUAAAUUGAAAAUAGAAGAUUGAGCAGAAACAGAGACACUUCCAGAAAACCUAUCUGAUGAGUAAACUUACCUAUUGUCCCAUUCAUCUGUAUUUAUUUUCUAUGAUCUCCACAUAAAUUCGUGCAAAUGACAGUGCAAAGAAAUAUUUUCUACUGAAAGAUGACCUGUAUAGCUGAAAAUCAAGGUAAUGCUCUUAGGGUGUGAAAAGGAUGAGGAUUCUCUUGAUGUACAUGACUUAAUAUUCCAAGGCUAUGGUAUGCUGCUGCCUUCAGGCAAACAUUUGUACAAAACAAUUUUCUUCUAAACUGAGCAGCUGCUCUUUCAAAGAAAAUACACAGGAUCAAAACAUCACUUUCAGUCACUUUUCAAGACACGAUAUUUAAAAGAAAAAAAAUAGUAUGAUACUGAGUCUUGGAUAUGGAGAAAUAAUUAGCUAGCUAGAAAGAAAUGGAUACUUUGAAAUACUCUCAAGAAAUAUUAAUUCUCAGUCUUAUCUUGUAGAAGAUAUAUAAAUUAGAGAAGUACAUUAAAAUUAUCUCUAUCUCAAUGCAUUGUUUGUUUUGUACUAGACAGCCAAAUGUAACAAGUUAAUGCACUGCAACAGGUUAACCUGCCUGUUUCCCCACAACACAGAAGUGAGGGAAAAGUAGAACACAAAAACUGAGUUGAGAUAAAAAGAGUUGAGACGCAAAGUUUACUAAAUGAGAUAACAAUAAUACAAUGUACAACUACCUUAGCCACUAAUAUAAUGUGCAAUUAGCCUAUUUUCUGUAAAAGCACAGCAUAAAGCAAGAAAGCAUAGAGCAAACUUAGCCAACUUCUACCCAUCUUCCCACCAUUCAUACAGCCAAAAAACAACCCCAAACCCAAAAGCAGCAACCAGAACCGGAAGUCUUACAAUCUGAACUUCAAGCCCCAUAACAUUACUCCAGCCAGCACUUUGAUUUUGAAGCUGGCAUGAAGCAGAGUGGUUUUGAAUAACAGCAGCAGAUUCAGAUCUAGCCCAUGAUAGCAAGUCAGAUUUUUGAAACAAAGAAAUCAAAGACUGCAAAAGAAAUGAACUCAAAAUCUGUCCCCUUAGCUGACAGAUUUUAUUACACCACUUAAAUUUUCUGUACAUGUAGAACUCAAUGAAAAUAAGCAGUAAGACUGUAACUUCCAGUUAUACCUACCCAGGAGAACUGUGGUUAUUUAAUAAACUAUUACAGGCUGCCAAUUGCUUGUUGGUUUUUAGUUUGGUUUUUUUUUCUUCCCAGUAGAAUAGUAGCCUUGUAUUGCAAGGAUGAGUUUUGGGUUACUUGGAACAAUUUGAAGGGCUCUGAAGAAACAGUAAAUCUCUAAACUCUAAACUUUGAGAAGUCUAAUUCUACAACAUAUGAUAGAUACAAAGACAGAAGAUUGCUGUGUCCACACAGGAUGUUCAUGUUGGAUGGAGUCCAGAAGGCUUCAGACAAAGCACAAAUGUACAGAAAGAAGAUAAUCAAGUGAAGAAAUAACUUUACACCUUUGUUGCCUGGACAUCUUAGGAAGCAGGAAGAUGUAACUGGUCAACUAACCUCUCUACUACAGUGGCAUUCAGAUGGACAGCUUGCAAAAAAAGAAUCCAGGAGAGUAUUUUCCCUUCAAUACCACAAAUGGUAUUUAAGCAUUUCUUAGGAAAAAAAAGGCAUUCUGCAUUUCAGAAGCAGUAAGAGAAUGCAUCCUCAUGUAAGUUUGUUUCUUUUUCCCCCUGGCCUUUCAUGUUUCCAGGUUCAGACUGGAACUGGAAACAGACUUUGCCUGUUUCCUGAGACUGAAUGAAAAUCAAUUUUAUGUUCUUGUUAGAACACAGAUUCCUCCCUCUGCAUCCUUGCCCAAUAGCAUGGAAAACAU